AUUCUCGAAAAAAAAAAUUGAUUCAGUUAGUUUUUGAAGCUUUGGUGUUGCUAAGUAAAAAAAAAGUAUUUAUAAUAGUUUUGUUAUUAUUUUAUAGGAUUGGCAGUGUUUUAGUGUUACGGUUUUAUUGCGAACAGUUUGUUGACACGUGUCUUAGGCAAGAUUGAUCAGAUGUUUGAUCAUAACAGUUUUUUUAUCUGUUAAAAUGGCUGAACCUUCAAGAUUUUCGGAGAAAGAAUUUGAUAUUACUCGCGAAGAAGUGGAGCGAAUAGGCGAAGCUCUAAAAUCUGAGGACUUCAGGAAACUGUUAGCGGAAUAUGCUGAAGAAGUAAGCGAUCCGGCUAACAUUAAAAUUUACCAAGAUGAAAUUACGCAGCUUGAGAAAGAGAGGGGUGUGGAUGUAACGUUCAUUAACCCUGAGCCUGGCUACGUGAUUAAAACAAGUGUCGAUGGGAACAGGAAAGCAUUUUUAAAUGUUUGUAAGAAUGCUAAUGUCGGUAAGCCUACGUCUCAACCAAUGACACAAGGAAAAUCUCGGGGAUUCAAUUGGCUUCUGCCGCACUCAGUUGCCCCUCCCAGAGAAGACCUCGAUAAGAAUAAAAACCGGUGCGUAGUUUACGACGUCGUUUUCAAUCCAGAGGCGUUUGUUCUGGCAGAGAAAAACCUCAAAUUCAAAUCGAUGUUAACUGACACAGCUUUGGAUGCCGUUGAAAACAACUUCAAUGUUAAACUUGACAAAACAAAUGUGAGAUUUCCAAAAAUCCGUUUCAAGGGCCCGUACAGGCCGGCAGUCAUCAGAAAAAGCCGGCCUAACAUGGAGGGUGCAGGAAACAAUUCGAAUUUGGAUAAUUGGCUACCCCCUGUUAAUAAAGACCAGAGUUUGAAAACAAAUAAAGAGAACUUUGUGCAACAGUCUCCUGUAGUUGGAAAAGUUGCAUCAUCAUCGACUUACACAACACCAAAGUACAGUAUUAUUCACAGGAAUCAUCUUGACUUGCAGGAUUUCACCAAUGAUAAGAGUGCCAAGAUGAAUGUGACAAUGCCAACUGAACUUGCCAUUGAGGUUCACUUGCCGCUUCUGAGUUCUUCAGCAGAUGUGGUUCUGGAUGUAAUGGAGAAGUCUCUGGUUUUGGUAAGUGAAUCUCCUGCAAAGUACAAACUAGAGUUGCAGUUGCCGUACAAAGUUGACGAAGAAAAUGGCUCAGCAAAGUUCGACAAGACAGCGCGCAAGCUGAUAGUGACGUUGCCUGUCAAAUCCGAGAAGAGACCUCAUGUAUCUGAUGUUGGAAGGGAAGACAGCGGUGUGGAGUGCGACCAUUCGUGCCACACUUCGGAGUCUAGCAGUGGCGAUGAAGUGAGCAUGGAAAAUGGAGAGCGUGUGAUUGACAAUGUUCUAAGAACUACUGAUUCAUCCGCGGAUACAGGGUACAGGACUACUGAUGCAAGUUCUCCUUCAUUUUUGAAACCUGAUAUUUGUUAUUCGCUUCCCCCUUUCACGUGCAACGCAGCAGGGAAUAUGUUGGCGUUCAUACUGCAUGUCAAAAAUGUUGAUGCAUCAUCAGUGGAACAUCGUUUCAUUUCAAAAUCUGGUAUUCACGUUAAAUUUAUAUCCGUAGGAUCAGGAUUUUUCCCCCUCAGUUUUGCAUUUUGUGUUAUUUUUUCACCCGAGUGCUGUGUUGAAGAAGACAGCUUGAACGUCGAGACGUGGGACAAUAAUUUGAUUUUGCAGCUGCAGUUCAAGUCAUGUGAUUUUGUGCUGUCUGACUAUUUUGUGGGUGUUGAUGAGGAUAGUGUUGUUAAACACGUUCUUCCCGAACCCACCGCUAUUGGAGAGAAGCUAAAGAGUAUGGAGGUGGUGUCUGGAGAUGCAGCUGCUUUGACUGAAGAUGAAAGACUGAAGAUAAAUGUCACAAGAAGUGCUGAAGAUGACGCAGUUGAGAUAACUUGCGUGAAACAUGAAGCAGACGGUGCGGAAGAUGUUUCAGAGUUGAGUGGCGCACAGAUUCGUGAGACUGCCAGAGCGGAAGGGGCUGAAAAGUCAGGCCAAGGCAAGGAAUCCGUUGAUAAUGGGCAGAAAGAUGUCUCUGUGCAGAAGAUUCGACUGUACUCCGAGUCCAGUGCUGAUGAAAUGGGCUCGAGUCCUGUGAGGAAAGGAAUUUUGAAGCGCAACGGCCGAGUGUCCCGCAGCCUGUCGGAGUCGAGCAUCGACGACUGCACGUGGUCGUCGCUGGAAGUGGCGACCCAGUCGGGCUCCGAGUGCUGCAUCCGCGAGGAGAAGGAGGACGAGGAGGGGGAGGAGUGGGAGGACGACGAGGACCGCGGCACGAAGAAGACAGUCCGGUUCAACGAUGUGAUCUUCAGGAAAACUUUCAGGCCAAACUCGAGCAUUCUGAGGCAAAGGAACAAGAAUGAGCGGAGGCAGCGCAACAAGAAGCGCGCACAGGAGCGCAAGGCAAGCGAAAGCGAGAACUCUGAAGCCGAAGCGGAGCGGGAGAGAACGGAGAAGGCGGUCAGCGUCGGUUCCACUCACGACGAAGCGGCCAGCGUCGGUUCCACGCACGAAGAAGCGGUCAGCAAAGCAGACGACAAGCCCUUACCGUCGCCGUCCGACUCCGUCGAAGAGCACUCUGGCGACGCGCCUAAGUCUGCCCGCAGCAAAGGGAAGAAGAGAAACAGGAAAGGACCUUCGAAGCAGAAAAUGGAGGCAGUUAAAAAAUUGGAAUUCAAAAGUGAUAUGAUAUUUGAUCUUGAUAUGUAAUUUUCUUUUGUUCAUAGUGCAGGCAUUAUGACGUGAAGUAGUACUGUUUGGAUAGUCAUGUGGCUUAUACUGUAUGUAUUUAAAGGUUAGAAUUAGGAAUGGUGUAGCCGGUGCUUGAGAAAUGAAAUAUUCCAGAGCAAUACUCAGUAUGAAUAUAUGUAUUUAAAAAAAAACACAAUAUUAAAUAUACACCAAUGUACACAAAA